AUGACGCAGACCGCUUUAGUGUCACACGCACAAUCACUCACUGAGAUGGAGAGGACAAGACUCGCUCUCAUCGCGCUCAUGUAUGUCUUACUUUUCUGUCAGAAAAGAAUCAAUGGAGAAGAAAUGGAGAUGAAAGUCAGACCAGGAGACAACAUCACUCUCUACUGUGAUCGCUCUCUAACUCUUGGUUCUGUCGUUGUAUGGAUAAGAAACUGCUCUCAUGAAAAUCAACCCUCUCUCAUUAUAGAUUUUAGGAAACUGGGCAAGGAGAUAUUUCAGCGAUUCAGCUUUAUCCACAACCCCUACAGUAAAUCCUAUGAUCUACAUAUUACUAACAUCAGUGUCUCUGAUCUGGGACUGUACUACUGUGCAAAACUAGAGAAUAAUAUAACGAAAAAUGCAAAAGGGAUCAUCUCCUCAUCAGAAGUGUAUUAUUAUGGAAACCAAACAACUCGUCUCUCUCUGAAAGUAUCUUCCUGUUCUGGACCCUUGAAUACCACCUCCAUACCACCUCCUGUAUCAGACUGUGUGCUCUGCUGGACGCUGCUGUUCAGUGUGUGUCCAGUGUGCGUUCUCCUCUCCUCCAUCUGUGUGUACUGCCUCUGUUGUAAGAAAACUACAGAUGCUGCAACAGAUCAGAAAAACAAGUUAAAUGGUAGAAAUAUAGCUGAGUGCACGGAUGAAGAGGUGUGUUAUGCAUCUUUAGAUGUGAUCACCAAGAGACAAAAACAACGCAAGACAAAGCGAGUGCAGAGUUCUGACUUCAGUACUUACGCUCAGGUCAGAACACAAACUGAAUAG